AUGGGAAAGUUACAUCCGACCGAUGAUAAUCUCAAAGCGUUCCAGAGUAAUUCAUCCGGCCGAAUUGUGGAGUCUCUGGCCAAAUCUCACACAGUAGUACGGAGUCCAUGGCGACAUGGCGCAAGUGUUUUCCAUCUCAUUUCUAUGUCGAGAGUAUUGAAGGCUGAAGCAGGCGAGGCAGGGCAUUGUUGCAUGAACAGACUAUCAAGGGUGCAAAGGUCUCGAUGA